AUGGCUUCUCCCUUCUCGCUUACAGGUCUUCUACGAGAAGGCCUGCUGCUCGCUUACAUUCAGACAACAUCUUGCUCAACAUUGUUUAGUUCCACAGCUAGUAGUACCUUCUUGUUUAAACUACAAAUUUUUAAUGUUCUAAUGGCGCGCCACCACGAAAACGAUGAAGAUGAACUUCCCUAUUAUGUUCAAGGGUUUCUACUCAUUAAUUAUGUUAGUUAUUUAAGAUUAAGAUUGAGGACUCAUCACCAUCAGGGAACAAGAAAUAGAAGUUUAAUAUUCUGUUCAACUACGUUGACUGUUCACCAGGUCCAGAUCGACCACCGAGAUAUAUUUAUAACUAAGAAGUUGUGAACCAGCAUCAAAAAUUGAUACCGUCAAAAGCAUCUCCUUUUUUUACCUUUUACCACCAUGGUUCGGAAGGUCCCGACCACGAACGCGGCAACGAAUCUUUCGCUAUCGCUUCUAAAUAGAAGUAGUAGGGAAGUAGACCUGUGCUGGGAAGAUUCUGGGACUGGGGUUCGACAUCGAUUGGGAAUAAACAAUAUAAGACUGUAAUAAUUCACCUACAAAGAGAAAGAGGUUGUAUGUACUUAUAAAAUUGCUCGUCCUGAUGUAACAUGAUUGAUUGGAGGAGAGUAGACCAUUCAUAUGUAUGAGAAAGA